GUUUUUACUGUUAGGAGUUUGGAGAAAAGAAGUGAAAAAUGAGGCCAAAAGCUGUGUGGGAGCCUGAAUACCACAGAGUGUUUCUUGAUUUAUGCGUCGAGCAAACGAUGUUAGGGAAUAAACCCGGGACACAUUUUUCGAAAGACGGUUGGAGGAACAUAUUGAUAUCGUUUCAGGAGAAGACAGGCGCGAUGUACGAUAGAAUGCAGCUUAAAAACCAUUGGGAUACAAUGAGCAGACAGUGGAAAAUAUGGCGUAGACUCGUUGAAAGUAGUUAUAUGAAUUGGGAUCCUGAGACCAACAGGUUUCGUGCGAGUGAUGAUGACUGGGCAAACUAUUUACAGGAGAAUCCUGAUGCUGGGCAGUAUCGGUUGAGUGUUCCGCAAGAUCUCAAGAAACUAGAGAUUAUCUUUGCGGGUUGUAAUGUUGAGGUGAAAAAUGAUGAAGUUUCGGGUGUAAGGAAGAGACGAAGAAGUUUUUACGAGGAAGAAGAUGAAGAUAACCAAAGCAUGUGUAGUUCAUCCAACCCUCAAACAAAAGGAUAUUGGUCUCCGUCUACACAUAAGCUGUUUCUUGAUCUGUUGGUUCAAGAGACUUUAAAAGGAAACAGACCUGACACACAUUUUAACAAGGAAGGGUGGAAGACUAUUCUGGGGACAAUUAAUGAAAAUACCGGCCUCGGUUAUACAAGAGCGCAGCUGAAAAACCACUGGGAUUGCACUAGGAAAGGUUGGAAGAUCUGGUGUCAACUCGUUGGAGCAAGUAGCAUGAAAUGGGAUCCUGAAUCUCGUAGUUUUGGUGCGACAGAAGAGGAAUGGCGAACAUAUAUUCGGGAAAACCCAAGAGCAGGACAAUUCCGCCACAAGGAAGUUCCUCAUGCUGAUCAACUAGCAAUCAUCUUCAACGGAGUUAUAGAACCUGGAGAGACAUACACUCCUCCUUCGCGUUCGCGCAAGAAGCUCCUCCACAAUCGUUCUGAAUCACCACAAUGGCGUGACACAACUCCAUUAUCAAAGCUGCACAUAGAUGAAGCAGAAACCUCCAGGUUAAAUGGUGGUUAUGCAGAGUCUCAAGAAGAUCGGAUAGACAGCGAAAACGCUCAACCAUUGGAUGAUAUGAAGCUAAUGAGUGAGGGUAUGUUGCAGGAAAGUCCAGUAUGCGUUGAGAUUGAAUCGGCAAAGCUGAUGUACAGCAUUGGAGAAUGCAUUCAAAGCCUCGACGGGAUGAAAGAGGUGGAAGAAGGUAGUGAGCUCUACUUGUUUGCGUUGGAUCUGUUUCUGAAGAGAGAGUAUAGAGAGAUCUUCUUAGAGCUGAAGAAGCCCAGUUUGAGAAUCGCAUGGUUGCAGAGACUUCAAGCUGCUUCACUUUCUAUUACAUAGGUCCCUUUUGUAUUUUGAUCUCUGUUUCUUGUUUGAUUUUAUACCCAAAAGAAUCUCUUUCUUCGUUAGUUCUAUAUAUGGAUUAUGUAUAAAACAGAGAGGUAGAGAUGAUCAUGUUGAUGAACCUUUUGAAUUCUAUGUAAUACCCAAAUGAUUUUAUACCCAAAUUCUAAGUGGUUAUUAUAUGCAAACUUGUCAAUAUAAACCUUCUUCAAGUUU